ACCUCUGUCUUGUAGUCCUGUUCACCCAUCUUCGUGACCGCGCUGCUAAACCUGAGCACGUUAGCACGUUAGCACGCGCUAAUAAGAGCGGUAAAGGUGUCGGGUUGUGACGUCAGAUCAAAUUAGUGACGUUUGUUUUUAAUGUGAGAACUCACGAGACGAGUUCUGACGUCAGUUCCCGCCAAACACUUUAAUUUUGUGGCGUUGUUGUUGUUGUUGUCGUUAGCCAUGUUCGCAGAGCUCAGCAGCAUCCUGAACGCCUCUCCGGACAGCUUCACACAGGGAGAGUUCAUCCUGGUGUCAGACAGACAGAGUGAUGCCUCUUUCCUCAUCCACCACUUCCUGUCCUUCUACCUGCGAGCUCGCUGUAGAGUUUGGUUUCUGGGUCUGGUGCAGUCCUUCAAUCAUUACAGUGCUGUCAGCCAGAGAUUGGGUGUCAGCCUUGCACAAGCGAAGGAGAAAGGUCAGCUGGUUUUCCUCGAGGGACUGAAGGAGUCGCUGUCUGUUCUGAUUCCUCAAGACACCAACACAGGAAGUAAAGCCAUGGACUUCCUCAGGGAUCCCGGUGUUGGCCUGAAGAGUCUGUACGAGUUCGUCCGGUCCAGUGUGAGCAGCUCUGGUAGCCGGGCAGAGGGGGCAGAGGAGUGGGGACCCCCGGUGUUGCUGGUGGACGACCUCAGUGUGCUGCUCAGUCUGGGGGUGAGCGUCGGAGCCGUGCUGGACUUCAGCCACUACUGCCGGGCCACCGUCUGCUCCGAGCUGCAGGGCAACGUGGUGAUGCUGGCACGCUGUGACGGGGAGGAAGAGGAGGGCGACGGAGAUGACGAAGGUUCAGAGACUCUUCUGAAGGGCCUCACACACCAGUGUAGCCUCACUCUGCACGUACAGGGUCUCCCUACUGGCUUCUGCAGGGACAUCCACGGGCAGGUGGAGGUGUGUUGGAGGAGACGACAGGGCGACGGACAGUCCACACAGAAAAAACUCUUUCAGUACAAAGUCCACGAUAAAGGAGCCUCCUUCUUCGCUCCUGGGACGUCCAGCGCUGUUCUCUAAGUUCCACAUUUUGACCUCGACGUGACGACGGACUUUUAUAUUUAAACGACACGAAUGUUGGUUGUCGAGCUGCCAUAGACCUCUAAAGUUGCUGCUGGUCUACAGAGUGCUGUCAGUAAUCAAUAAAUAAUGUGAUUGUUUCCA